AUGGCGCCAGAAGUUACAAGUCAGAAGAGGAGCUCUGAGUACGUUGAAGAUACUCCAAGAGAUCCCGCAGACCCUGCAUUUCGAAAGGCGCGUAAAGUUAGUCGCGCUUGUGACUUUUGCAAGUCAAGAAAGGCGAAAUGCAGCGGUGACCAACCAUGUGCAAAAUGCAUAUCAAGAGGCCGGGUAUGCUUGUAUGAAGCAAGGUAUACGCGCGGCAUGCCUCCUACGCCUCCGCCGUCGUCUGAUGUUAGCCAAUUGCAGUCGGCAGGCGAUAGCAGACGUUCUUCAGCCAGCAGAUUCACCGUAUCUGAAAGCAUAUCGUUCAUGCCGAGUUCUGGUUUAACCCCAUUUGGUAAUGGGCAAUUGGCCCAGACUUCGCGACAAUCAGAUGGACUUGCUGGUCCCUCUCGUGCGUCCCCUGAGUUGGGAAUGGCAGAAAUCCAAGGCCAGGUUUUUGAUCCAACGUCCAGUCUGGCAUUUCUUCAUAGAGCGUCAAAGCGCCUGGCGACUCACGGUAGCAGCCAUGGCAGCGAUGAAUCCCGGUCAUCAGCAGAAAGUCAGCUGGUAUAUAUGGCUGGAGACAAGCCAUUGGCCAUAGAAAGCGAGGACAGCCAACAACAGUAUACUCUUCCCGACCCAUUGGUGGCCAGAGCUUUGUUGGCACUUUACUUUGAUGUCUGUAUCGCUACAUACCGCAUCUUGCAUCGACCGUCCACCGAAAAUUGGUUGAGUAUCAUGGAGAGCAAUAUGGGGGAAGGGAUUGCUAUAUGGCACACAAUUGGACGAGCAAAGGCGGCCACCAUAUACGCAAUGCUAUCAAUUGCCAAGUUUCAUCGUGAGAAGUCUAAGGGACAUCCCACUAAAGAUUGUCAAGCGCUUCGCUUAGCUGAUAAUCUUUUCCGCUUCUCCAUGAGGCUCGCCGAGCAAGAGACAGGAUUUCCGAGGCUGGAGUCCGCCCAAGUUCGCAUCGUCCAAGUUCUAUAUCUUCUAACCACUUCGCGGUUCAAUCAGAGCUGGUACAUCUUUGGGAAUGCACUACAGCUUAUUUCUGCACUGGGUUUGCAGCGACGUGCGGAUUGGAGAAGGAGGCAUAAGCCAGCAGCUGAUUAUAUCGAAAAGCAGUGCUCUCUUAGGACUUUUUGGACCGCAUAUGUUCUUGACAAUUAUCUUGGAGUGGUAUUUGGAAGGCCACGCCAUUUCCAUGAUGAAUAUAUUGAUCAAGACUUACCUGAUCGGAUUAAUGAUGAGGACAUGUCAACAGACGGGCCAGUUGGCGACCUUGACGAUCGCCGAGGGUGUCACACUGACGCCUUGGUUUUUCACGCCCGCAUUGCCCAAAUCAUUGGAGCCAUCUCACAAGACAUGUAUACGACCAAGCUCACUUCUGAAGUCGAAAGAAUAGCCGCCGCGAGAGACUUGACGCAACGGGUUCAAGAUUGGCAUCAAAGCCUACCUGCUCACCUCGGCGCAGUUCAUCCGUCUAUUUUGAUCCCCAGCUACCGAAGACCAGCUUUGGCGCUGGGGCUCGCUCACUCGCACGCUAUUAUGCAUGUCAACCGCCUGUUUCUGAUGCGCUCCCCUACUUCUGUUUAUGCUUCACAGGUCAGCGACUGUAUUAAAGCCGCGAAAGAUGUUCUAGAAUCGGUAGAUACCAUAGCCCGAGACGGCCCUAUUUUCCACGCUUUUUGGUGGACUCACUAUGUGACGUUUUGUGCCCUGGUGGUAACAUACGUAUGGGUUAUACAGCAACAUCGCUUGGGCGCUGCAGACGAUCCUGGCUAUAGUGCGAGACUGAUGCAACUUGCAGAACACUGCCACGGCCAUCUUGCUCAAGCAACAUCGUCAAAUUCGCCUAGUCGGCGAUAUGCUGUGAUUCUAGAAGGAUUCCGAGCUGCUGCGGUAAACAAGUCGACUCCACAGCAGAUGAGACCUCAAAACGGUGCCCUACAUGAACAAUCGAUAGACCUUAAUCCAGGCAUUCCUACUCUUCACACGAAUGAUGGAGGUGGAUUUUUCAGCAUCUCUCAGAACAACUCACUGGCAGAUAUGCCUACCUUUCACGAUUGGCAGCUCACAGACUGGUUGGAUUUGGACUCAUCGGCUUUUUGGCCGAGUUUCAAUGCGGAUGAAGUGGUGUCUCCAGACGUGAUCGGGGCUGCGGAUCAGAACUAUUCCACUUAA